AUGAGUGAAACCUGUAGCUAUUGCUUGAUUGUUACAACCGUGUUCAAGCAGCCUCGUGGUGUAAAGAUCCACCACACUCACAGGUUUAAAGAGGAAAAUAAACACAUUUUUGCUUCUUUUCUGUACCUACAUAACAUACGCUUCCCAGCAGCUGAGUGUAAGUGUCUGAUGCUGUCACCGUCACUGUACGCAAAUCUCAAACUCUCUCCCUCUCUCUCUCUCUCUCUCUCCCCGUAUCUUCUCUCGCUAUCUCCCUCCUUAUCGUCUCUCUCUCUCUCUCUCUCUCUCUCUAUUUCCCUCUCUACUCCGUACCUUUUCUCUCUCUUUCCCUCCGUACCUUCUUCCUCUUUCUAUCUCUCCCUAUCUAUCUAUCUAUCUAUCUAUCUAUCUAUCUAUCUAUCUAUCUAUCUAUCUAUCUAUCUAUUAUUAUUAUUAUUAUUAUUAUUAUUAUUAACAACUAAGAUAAGCAUAGACCUAACCUAUUUUAUCACUGUUUUCCUUAAUUUUGAACUUAUAGUCGAGGAAAAGGACACAAUCUUAGGGCGUUCUGACAUAGAACUCGCUGCUCACAAAGGUAACCUUAGUAACGAAGUGUAUUCAUCGUGUUCUUCUUCUUCUUCUUCUUCUUUUCUUCUUCUUCUUCUUCUUCUUCUUCUUCUUCCAUGUGCCAUCUUAAUCUAUCUAUCUAUCUAUCUAUCUAUCUAUCUAUCUAUCUAUCUAUCUAUCUAUCUAUCUAUCUGUGUGUGUGUGUAUUUUCAUAUCUAUCUAUCUAUCACUUUCUCUACAUUAUCUAACUAUAACUGUCUCUACAUUAUCUAUCUAUCUAUCUAUCUAUCUAUCUGUAUGUUUGUGUGUGUGUAUUUUCAUAUCUAUCUAUCUAUCUAUCUAUCUAUCUAUCUAUCUAUCUCUAACCUCUAUCUAUCUAUCUAUCUAUCUAUCUAUCUAUCUAUCUAUCUAUCUAUCUAUCUAUCUAUCUAUCUAUGUAUGUGUGUGUGUGUAUUUUCAUAUCUAUCUAUCUAUCUAUCUAUCUAUCUAUCUAUCUAUCUAUCUAUCUAUCUAUCUAUCUAUCUAUCUGUUUCACCAUGUCUACCAUAG